AUGGCCUCUUCGUCGUCCCAGAAGUCCUGCGAGGGCAUCGGCAUGCAUCACCAAGACAGCGCCAUACAUCUGGGUGACGCUUCGACGUCGUCGUACCCUCAACAGCCAGCCCCUACACACCACCAAACCUCAACAGAUUCCGAGCCUUCACCAGUAGACAAUGACGAUGAGCCAGGCUUCUCGUCUGACUCAGCCUUCGACAGCGGAAGUCUCCUCGGCGACGAGACGAAUUCACUAGCGUCGUCUAUCCUAAACCAUCGUAUAGAAAAUGGGAGGCAGUACCACGCGUAUCGAGACGGCGCAUAUUGGGGGCCGAACGAUGAGCUGGCCAAAGAGAUACUGGAUUUUGCGCACCACAUGUAUCUCCUGACUCUCGAUCAGAAGCUGCAUCUUGCGCCUUUACAGAACCCGCAGACAAUACUCGAUUGCGGCACGGGUACUGGCAUAUGGGCAAUUGACAUGGCAGAUCAAUAUCCUUCCGCGAUCGUUACGGGUACCGACCUCUCUCCCAUACAACCCGAAUGGGUCCCACCCAACUGCCAUUUCGAAAUCGACGAUGUCUCGCUAGAGUGGACAUUUCCGCUGAAUCACUUCGACUUUAUACACAUCCGCGAACUUUUCGGCUGCAUACCGGAUUGGGACUUCUUCUUCCAGCAAGCUUACCGUCACACCAGGCCUGGUGGCUGGAUAGAGAUAGUGGAGCACUCCGUAUGCCCUACAUCUGACGAUGAAACAAUGGGGCCAGACCACUUCUACCAUACAUGGGGAAAGGUUGUCGUUGAGAUGGGCGACCGUUUCGGCAAGACCUUUACUAUCUGGGAAGAGAGUGCUGAGAGGAUCAGAAGAGCCGGCUUUGUGGAUGUGACGGUCAUGGAGUACAAGUGGCCUAUGAAUGGAUGGCCGACGGAUAAAAAGCUCAAGAAUAUCGGGCGAUGGAACCAGUUGCGGUUGAUGGAUGGGGUGGAAGGCUUCAUGCUGCGGUUGUUGACCCAAGUCGGUGGUUGGUCCGUUGCACGAGCACAGGUGCAUCUAGCGCAGAUGCGCAAAGAAUUGAAGAGUUACCGAACUCACGCAUACUUGCCUGGGACUGUUGUCUAUGCCCGGAAGCCCCUAUGA